CCUGGCUGAAGUGAGUCUUAUUUCUUCAUCAUUUCACAAGCCCAUUGCUGACUCCCGAAGACUCAAGCCCUACCGGGUGACCUGAGAAGACCAAGCUCAGAUGGCAUCUUACCUGAUUUUCUUGUUGGCCCUCCUGUAUUUUGACCAAGGAAAUACUCUGCAGUGUUAUACUUGUUUGGGGGAAAGCUGCCUUGGAAAAAAUCAAAGCCCCACCAACUGUUCACCCUCUGAUGCCUACUGUGAGACCAUCAAGAUAAUUGCUCGGCUUGAUACACACGAGAUUGAAAACAUCAUCCAGAAAUGCUCCUCCACCUGUGAACCCUCCAACAAAACAAUUGGCAUAUUGCAUGUGACAUCGCAGUGUUGUAACAGCACCCUGUGCAACAGCAACAGCAAUGGAGUGGCCCACAUGACUGCCAGCUACAGAGCAGUAGCCUUUGCUGUGUUGACCUGUGUCACCUUCCCUCUGUUUGGGAGUAGGCUCUGAUGUGGCAGCCAAUCAAUGGAUUCAUCAAUCAAGGAGCAUUUACUGAGCACCUACUGUAUGCCAGUCAAAAUCAAAUCAGCCUGCCCUUGGGGAGCUUACAUUCAAAUGAGGGUGACAAUAUAAACACAAAUAUACAAAACAUGUAUAGGGAACUUUGUUUUUAAAGAACCAACUCAAACCUAUUCCUUGGGAAAUCCCAGGUUACUCAGUGCCAUGGAUCUAGGGACUAGGAAACAUCUAGGUUCGGUGCAUCUUGGAGAUAAAAACAUCCAGGUGACUAGAAUGAUGUUGAUCUGAAAUUAUGUAGGUGCAUUUCCAAACCCUCUCUCAGAAACUACCCAAUGAGGUAGAGAUACACUGUCUUCUCAGGGGCUUCUCAAUUAGACUCCAACUUAACUCAAUAACUGUCUAUUAAGCACCAACUGUGUAUAGAGAUCUGUGUUCACUACUAAGGGAGGCAGGGCAGCUAGGUGGUGCAGUGGAGCCCUGGAGUCAAGAGGACUGGAGUUCAAAUCUCACCUCAGACACUUGUACUAGCUGUGUGACCCUGGGCAAAUCAC